AUGAAAGUUCUAGCACUACUCGCUCUUUUCCUAUCCUUGACUAUGAUUUCUGUGCAGGCAGCUGUAUUCGAUCUACAUUUUGGAAUCAAGGGUAAAGAUCAACCAAAGAAUGAUAAAAAAGAAGAAAAGGUAGUACCUGCUCCAGCAGACAAGAAAGAUGAGAAACCCAAGAAAGAUGAGAAGAAAUCUAACUCAACAGGCAAGACAGAUGAGGAUGAUGACGAUGAUGAUGACUUGCCACUAGACAAUCAGAAAGUGCACUACUAUCUUAAUGGAAUCAAAGGAGUCUGGGGAGGAUUCAUGAAGGGAUUCUACAAGGACUAGAAGCUCGAACUAAAUGACAGAUGCAUUAGUGAUCAGUUGACUAGCAAUAUUCAAUUCUUGAUCGAUUUUGUAGAAGGCAAGGAACCAUUAUAUAGAAUACCAAAGUUUACCAUCACUGUAGCAAAAAUAUUCAAUGACAACUUCAACUUCUGCGGGUAUGACAAAUUCGCUAAUGACUUGAAAACUUUCUGUGUUGAGGACACCUGUGACUAGAAAUAAAUCAUCAGAAACCUUCAGGAUAAGUUGUUUCAACUCAUUGGUGAUGUAAAUGGAGUUGUUGCAGCAGUUUAAGAAUUUCCACCAGCUGACAAAGACGAUAUGUAUUUGGAUGCAAUGGAAAUUGGUCAAGAUGUAGGAAAGAUACUUAGAGCAGUCUACAACUACAAGUGA